UGUUUCAGCAUAGUCAAUAAACUUGAUUACGACAAUCCAAACAACAUGAAAGCUCAUAUAAUGUACUUCCUUCCUCUGCAUAGUGUCCAUCACCAAACUUGCAGAACAUCGGAAUAUCAGUCCCACACCUGCAUCUGAAUGUACUAUGUUUUUAAGGUAACCAUUGAUGGCAACGAAGAUGGCAGAGGUCGUACCCAUAUAUAGAACCAACAACAGUUUUAGCAGGAAGAACAUAAACUUGUUUUCAUGUGAUGAUGUUAUCUUGAGGAAAAAGAUGAACAGAAGAACUAGUUUUUCAAGAGAAGAAGAUCAUGGAAAGAGAUUUUAUCAGUGUUUUCAUUCAAAAGGAAAUGAAGGAUUAUCAUGCAAGAAAGUUAUAAAUCCUGUUUUUUACGCCUCAGAAUCUGAUUUCACAGAAAAGCAUAAGAGUUCAUUAGAAAUAUAUUUGGAGAAACUUAAGAGUACUCAAUACAAACAAGUUUCACCAGAAAUUGUGAGUGAUUUAUCUGAGAUGGAUGAUCAAAGCACUCAACUUUUAGCAAGCAAGGAAUUGGGACUACUAGAAGAAUAUCUCAACAAACUUCAACAAGAUUCGAAGUCUGAAGGAUGUUCACCUUCUUUUUCUGAUAGAAAUGAAUCUGUCAAGUCUGAGAACCCUGUCUUUAAUCAGCAGAGAGGCAUAGCAAAACAAAGAUACAUGAAAAGCAAUAUUUAUGCUAGCAAGGCUACAUCAUCUCUUAUGUAUGAUGAAAAAGAGAGUGGCAAUUUUUACCUCAUAAGUACAUUGCUAUGCAUAAACAUAGCUGUGUUUCUGUUCGAGAUUGCAAGUCCAGUUAAGAGUUCCGAUUAUGAUCUCUACUCGCUGCCAUUGAUGUAUGGUGCUAAGGUUAAUGAUUUGAUUAUGGUCGGACAAUGGUGGAGGCUUGUGACCCCAAUGUUUCUGCAUACAGGACUUAUGCACAUUGCACUUGGCUCAUGGGUGCUUUUAUCUUUCGGUCCUCAAGUUUGCAAAAGAUAUGGUUCUUUCACAUUCUUCUUGAUAUUCUUACUUGGAGGCAUUUCUGGAAACUUCUCAAGCUUCCUUCAUACAUCGGAACCUACUGUUGGCGGAUCAGGACCGAUCUUUGCUGUUAUCGGAGCUUGGCUCAUUUAUCAACUUCGAAACAAAGAUGUAACUCCAAAAGAACUUUCUGAUAGCAUGUUUUAUAAGGCAAUCAUCGCUACAGCUCUGAGUUUUUUGCUUGGGAACUUUGGGCCUAUGGAUAACUGGACAAAUCUUGGUGCAGCAAUAUCAGGGAUCAUAUAUGGGUUUUUUACAUGUCCUGUGGUGCAACUAGAUGAUGCAUCUACAUCUGCCUUGCAAGAAAGAAAUAGUGGGAUUAAAGAAGAAAUCACAAUUAACAACACACAAGCUGCUAAUCCUUGUAAAUCACUCAUCAUUUUCACCUUAUUUGUGUCUGUUUUAAGCUCAUUGCUUUUCUUUGCUGAAUCUCCACUAGAUAACCUCGAAAUUGAAGAGCUUCUCCAGAGUAUUGAAUAAUAGUUUGCUUCCUUUUGAUAUUAAAUAUCACCAGUAUCUGUUAGCUAUAUACGAUCAUGUAACAUAUACUAUAAAACACAUUAAUUAGUGUGUUGUUUCUAUAGAGAAUCUUUUCCUUGAAGUAAUAAACCAUAUCUGUAUAGCCUUGUAACAUAUAUAUACAAUGUUUAGGUGUGUUACUUUGUAUGUUUA